AUGCCGAUGCAUGCAUUGAAGAAAAAGUCGGACUUCUUCAAGGCCAUCGGACUGACGACUGCAGACAAGGCUAAGCUCGAGACCGUGGCGACCAUGGACGCCGUCCGUGCGACCGAGCUCUUUAAGGAGUGGGUGACUGCCCAUGUCGAGGUCAGCACUCAGCCAGCAGGUCAGGAACGCAAGAAGAGCAACCACACGGCUGCAACUGAGGGCCAGGCCAACGUUAUGGAGACGCAGCAGGAGCCCCUCGGCCAGAAGAGCAGCCGCCAGGAUGGGGAUGAGGGAGAUGAUGGGGACUACAGCGGGGAGGACGAGGGCGAGGGCAGGGAAGACGAGGGCGAGGGUGGGGAGGACGACGGCGAGGGUGGGGAGGACGAGGGCGAGGGCAGGGAAGACGAGGGCGAGGGUGGGGAGGACGACGGCGAGGGUGGGGAGGACGAGGGCGAGGGCAGGGAAGACGAGGGCGAGGGUGGGGAGGACGACGGCGAGGGUGGGGAGGACGAGGGCGAGGGUGGGGAGGACGAGGGCGAGGGUGGGGAGGACGACGGCGAGGGUGGGGAGGACGAGGGCGAGGGCGGGGAGGACGAGGGCGAGGGCGAGUGCGCGGAGGAUGAGGGUGGGGAGGACGGGGACUGGCUGUACGAGAGCGGGGAUUACAUGGGCGGGGAGGACGAGGACUGGGAGGACAAGGGAGGGGAGGACAAGGAAGGGGAGGAUGAGGGAGGGGAGGACGAGGGAGGGGAGGAUGAGGGAGGGGAGGAUGACGAGGGGAUGGGGGGCAAAGUCCUGCUCGAGGAGUACGGCAGAACCAAGAGCCAGAAGGUCCACAGCAAGUCCGCGCCUCAACCAACUGGGCGCCGCAAGGUCCUGGUGACCGGAAAACAUGACAAAGGUAAAUUGUAGCUUCAACAUGACAAUAAAUUACGACUACACACGGAACUUACUAACAACAAGGCAAUAAAUUACGACUACACAUAAAAAUUAAUUUAUGAAUCACUCUCACUUUUUGUAGGGGCAUUGGAUGCCAGAGGGCGGCCCACGCGCCUGAGGCAACCCUCGGUGAAGGCGCGGGAGAGCCAAGAAACGGUGGCAAUGGUGGUGCCUGCACGCACCAAGCGUCCACGCCCUAAGGAAACCCCACUGGUGUUGCCGGAGGACCCUUCGGCUUUCGGGGCCACAGCGUCAAACCCCGCAAAGAGGAAGGAAUCGUUUGGUGUCGGUAAAGGCCGAGCUGUACAGACCCGCGGGGCUAAGGUGCAGCAGGAGAAGGGCAAGAUGGCCUUGGCAGAGAUUCGGAAGGGGGGGCUGAAGAAGCAGCGGAGGUAGCUUAAACAGACCGCGGGCAGUGAUCAGGAACCUGGAGGGCGCCU